GCCUUUUACUAAAGAAGAUUUGCAAAGAUCUUACGAAAUUGGAUCCUCAGAAUCUCCACCUUUACUCUUCAUUUUAAAUCUCUCUCUCUCUCUAUAUAUAUAUAUAUAUGUAUUUCCCGUUUAAAGCCAACACCACCACUUUCUUCCUCCCUCAAAUCUUCUCCUGCAAUUUACAUCAACCUUACCUUACCCCCAUUAUAAAACACACCCACCGUACUUACCCUCCCAACAAACCUAACAAAUCAUUUCCAAUUUCCUCCAACAACAAAUGGCCAUGGCCGCUCAAGUUUUGAUUCCCGAGGUCGCCGAUCUCUCGCCGGAGUUGCAUGUUCUCGCCGUCGAUGAUAGCCACGUCGACCGUAAAGUCAUUGAGAGACUCCUUAAGAUAUCCUCUUGCAAAGUGACGGCUGUGGAUAGUGGAACAAGGGCUCUUCAGUAUCUAGGGUUGGAUGGGGAGAAAAGUUCCGUUGGGUUUGAGGGUUUGAAGGUGAACUUGAUAAUGACUGAUUACUCGAUGCCUGGUAUGACUGGAUAUGAACUUCUCAAGAAGAUCAAGGAAUCAUCAGCUCUAAGAGAAAUUCCAGUUGUGAUCAUGUCUUCAGAGAAUAUAUUGCCUCGCAUCGAUAGAUGUUUGGAGGAAGGUGCAGAGGAAUUUCUACUAAAGCCUGUUAAGUUGUCUGAUGUAAAACGCCUGAAAGAUUUCAUUAUGAAAGGGGAACCAGAGGAAAAAAGAAACCCACCAAGAAUUUGCAAGAGAAAGCUUGACAAAAUCGAUAUCGAUCAGCCAUCACUUGCCUCUGGUUUACCCAACUCACAGCAAUUGUCUUCAUCUCUGACGACGAAGCAGGCUAAACUGCAAACGGGAGAUUAACUUGUCAGAGACCAACUUGUCGACGUAGAAAACUGAGAAUGGGAGAGACUAACUUGCAGGCGGGGGAGGGAAUUUUUGAAAGUAUGUGUGUAGUAGAUGAGGAAGAGAGAUUUAGAUGAGUUCUGUGCAUACUAUUAGCAGCAGCAGACAAAAAUUGCUGACAAAGAGAUUAUGGAAUUCAAUUUGGAGGGGUCUUUCAUGUUGAAAAAAACAGAUUGGAACCUUCUUCAUUCUUUCUAUAAAUGAAAUUGGAAGGUUUUUUUUCAGUUCAA